UUCUGUCGGAUCUGGGAUGAGAGCCUGCAAACCCUAGUCCCACUCGCUUCACUCUUCUUGCCCGCGGCAGGCCCCAAAUCCAGCUCCCCUCUCCCACUCCCACCGCCGGCCGGCCGCCACCGUCCACGCCAAUGGCCUCGCCUUCGCCUCCCCCCACGCCGCCCACCGCCGACGAGCCUCCGCCUCCGCCUACUCUUGACGCAGACGCCCCCUCCCCGCCCACGGACGCCGAAUCCCCCCCGCCGCUCCCGGAGGCCGACGCCCCUGCCGCGCCGCCCCCGGACGCCGGCUCCCCGCCGCCGCAGCAGCAGCCGCACCUCCCGGACGGCAUCCUGGAGGACAUCUUCCUGCGCCUGACAACAGCGGGGGACGUCGCGCGGGCGUCGGCCGCGUGCGCCUCCUUCCGGGCCAUCACGUCGGCCCUCCCGUUCCGGCGCCACUUCCGCGCGCUCCACAGGGCCCCGGUGCUCGGCUUCCUCCGGGAGGACUUCUACGCCGCCCGCCCGCCGCACCCCUCCGCCCCGGCGGCCCGGGCCCUCAAGCGGGCCGCCGACUUCGCCUUCUCCUUCCUCCCCGACGACUCCGCCUGCUGGAGCCCCCGCGACGCGCGCGACGGCCGCGUGCUCUUCUCCGCGGUCCCCAGCUCCCACGGCCGCGGCAGCUUCGCCGACGCCACCUCCACCACCUUCGUCGACCUCGUCGUCGCCGACCCGCUCUCCCGCCGCUGCGUCCGCGUGCCGCCCGUGCCCGACGACCUGGCCGCCCCCGUCCUGCGGUGGGGCAUGCUCGACUUCGAGCCCUUCCUCGCGCCGGCCAGCGCCGAGGACCUGCGCGACGAGGGCGCGCCCUUCAGGGUCAUCGGCAAGGUGCUGUGCGAGGACAGGGUCGCCGUGUUCGCCUUCUCCUCGCGCACCGGCGAGUGGCGCAGCCACGGCUCGAGCGAGCUGUCCAACAAAACGAGCGAGCGAGCGAGCGAGCCAUAUUUGUUAUUCCCUCUGUCCACAAAAUUACAUUGUAUUAGACCAUUAGCCAUGGGCACAAACCACACAAUAACUAUUGGAUAGGCUAAAAGUAUCAUCAUUCCUUUCUCUUGCUCCAAAGUUCCCCUGCAUGUUUUCUUUCCAAGGAAGCAAGGUUUGCUGGUUCAUGGGAGUAAUAGUUUUGGGCAUAAUAGGAAAUCUGGAGGAGAAGUGCCUACAAAAUUGUCAACUGAGCACAUUGAAGGACAAAAAUUCCCUAAGUGAACUACAUUUGUUUCUAAGGGAGUAAUUAACUAGCUGUGUGCACUUCUCCUUUUUCUUUUCUUUAGUUCCUACAUGGGCAUUUUCAUGGCUGCAACACAUGUAACACACGAAUCCAUGCCAAAGAUAUAUCAAGAAAAAUGGUGCUGGUGCCAUUUACAUACUCUGUUUUUUUUUAAUAUAGAGCAGUAGGAGCCUCUCCUGCUGUAACUUCUCAAAAAAGAAGGUUAAUAUUGUUUUUGCAAACAUACAAGCACCACCAUUGUCUUGUUGUAACUCAUUAUUGUUAAUGAUUCAGUACUGUAUGACAUCCAUGGUUGAGAACUGCUAAUUUGCACUACUGGUUUCAGGUUUACAACAUUGCUAUCACUUUUACAUCGCUGCCAUACAGCCUAUGACAACUAUUAUCUCAUUAACUCUUUUAGUAAAUUUGAUAUGGUAGAUGAAAACAACUUGGUAUUAUUGCUUCACUUAUCCGGUAGUGAGCAAAUGGAGAGAGUUUUAAUCGAUUUUAAAGCAAUGUUCAGGAUAUUGGGGCGUGUUUGGUUUCCUGGGCCGCACCCGCCUCGCAUCCGCCGUGCAAAAUCGAAUGUGUUUGGUGUCCUGUGCGGCGUGCUCAGCCUGGCCCGCGGAUGCAAAAGGAGCCCUCUCAGCCAGGCUGAGAGGAACGCAGAAAUCGGCCGUAUCUCCGAGCCUGGCCCGCGUUUGCAUCCUUUUCCUCCCGUGUCUUCUUUUUCUCUUCUCUCUCACGCAUCAGAUCGAGCACCCAACCCACCACCGCCGCCACCGUCGAAGCUCCCUCCCCCACCACCGGUCCGGGCUCCCUCGUCCGCCACCCAUACAGGCUCCGUCGCCGGUGCUCCUCCACGCCGACGCCGGGGGCCUCGCCCACCACCGGUCCGAGCUCCCUCUCCGCCUCGCCUUGGCAUCGUCGGGUUCCACAGCCGCCUCGUCCACCACCGGUCCGAGCUCCCUCGCCGGUGUUCCACCACACCACGCCGGGGGCCACGCCGUCUGCCACUAAUCGAGAGGAAGAAGGGGGAGGGGAGCACGUGCCCGCUGCGAGCCGCAAAGGGAGCCGCGUUUCUGCCCCGUCGCUCCCAAUCCUUCUGGUGAGCGUAGUCGAGUCUUGCCGUUGGCGUCUCCUACCUGCUGCCCAUCUACGCCCCAGCCAACUCGUCGCCCUCCACCUCGUUUGUUCAGAUUUUAGUUCAUACUUGUUUGGUUCAGAUUUUGAUAUAUAACACUGAAACUUGAGGUUGGUUCAGACUUGUUUCUUUAGUUCAGACAAGUUUUUUGAUAAAUAAAACUGAAACUUGAGUUU